AUGGAUGGACCUCAAACAAACGAUUACUCUCUGCUCGAGGCAGUUCAAUCCCACCUAACCCUUAUAUCUGAUUCUGGGGGUUCUACAUCUGCAUCUGAAACUGCGUCUGCAUCCGCAUCGCCCCUCCGAGCAGGCAACGCCACAGACGAGGAUAAGAUCCAGGACCAGCUUGCCUUGAAUCAUGAACUCUCCGAACCCUUUCCAGAUUACGAAGACAUCUCAGUAGACCGCGGAUUCGAGAUAGCUUACUUGCGCGCCUUUUAUCUCACCAUGCGGGACCAGAUUCGCACUGGGGUUGUGGACCUUCGUAUCGAGUCACCUGCUCAGCUUUCCGAGAAGAAGCGACGAACCCUGAAUGCAAUCAAAGCGGCCCUUGCUAACCCUCAACUACCUACUCCAACUCGUGAGCGAUUCAUCGCAUUGACCAAUAUGGUCAUUCGCCUCGAGAACGCUCUUUUCUCUGAACCGGAAGCGGAGUUUUUGAACGAAAAGGCUACAAAGGACGCCCAGUACAUCGCAAACGGCAUGCUCACCUGGAUCAACUGGGUAGAGGCUAUUACCAAGGACAAUUACAACACCUCGGUCCACAUUUACCCUGCCUUGAAAGAGGCGUCCUAUGCGAAUAUUCCCGAGAAGCAUCGUUAUCUGCGCAUGUCAAUGAUAGUAAACUGUAGUCUCAAGAACCCACGACCUAUUGAACAAGACCUUCUGGCCUUGUUCAUGGUUCUAUUUGACGAAUGGGUUUACAAGGAGUUCCUACUCGUUCGCAGCGCCCAGGUUCACCACGAGAGAAAUGCGAAUGCUUCCCGCAUCCAACUUGCUCGAAGCCUCCAUGCUAUCUGGACUGGUCUUUCCGGCGCCAAUGAGAACUACGCCAAUUACAAGCGCAUGCUGAUCACUAUGCGCGACAGAUUCUUCAUCCCGUCGCUGGUCAGACUUCCCCACCACAUUUCGUGCCCUCUGCCCGUGUGUAUUGAGCGUUACCUUGGAUUUGACUGA